UUAGAGCACUCUUCUACUCUCUUUUCUGUCUCAUCUUUUUUUCUUUUGAAUCCCUAGCUUCUCCAAAAUCACCGGAAACAAAAAGAAACAGUCAUGGUCGACGAAUUCUCGAUGUCGGUCACUUGUGGUCUCAUGUUAUCGAAGCGACUAUACUACGGCAAAGGAGCUUCACCAACGCCCGCGGUAAUGUCGAGGUCGUUGUCUUCGACGGAGAGUUAUCUUCCCACGGCGGUUAUGGCUUACGCGGUGGUUCCCGAACCAGCGGCGGUAGAUAACCCCGAUGUCCCUAGCUACCAGCCAUACGUACAUGGUCGGUGCGAACCGCCGGCGUUGAUUCCGUUACACAUGCACGAGGUUUCCAUGGAGGUGGACUGUUGUAUGGAUACUGCGUUCGUUACAGUUAGCGGCGCGUGGCGCGUGCACUGUAUAAUGGCUGGUCGGAGAUGUGAUUGCCGGAUUGCUAUUCCUAUGGGAGAGCAGGGUUCACUUCUAGGUGUUGAGAUUGACGUCUCUGAGACUGAGGGGUCCUAUAAGUCGAAAUGGGUCACGUUAGCUAAUUCAAAAGAGACCGAAAAAGUUGCCAAAUCUGGAGAUGGAUACUUCUUGACACCCCAUAUAUUUACUUUCAAAAUUCCACGAGUUGAUGGAGGGUCUAAUGUAUCAAUUAAAGUCAGUUGGUCACAGAAGUUAUCCUACCAGGAUGGUCAGUUUUGCCUCAAUAUUCCAUUUAGUUUUCCGGCAUAUGUCAUUCCUGUUGGGAAGAAAAUCCCUAAGAGAGAAAAGAUUCAGUUGAAUGUUAAUUCCGGCAUUGGAACGGAACUUUUGAUCAAAUAUACUAGCCACCCUCUAAAGGAGCUAGGUCGGGAGGUUCGUAAAUUAAGUUUCAUAUAUGAAGCAGAAGUGCCAGCAUGGUCAACUUCCGACCUCAAUUUUGCUUAUACCGUUUCUUCGAGUGGCAUUUUUGGUGGUGUUCUCCUGCAAUCUCCACCAUUGUGUGAUUUUGAUGAAAGAGAGAUGUUCUGCUUCUAUCUUUUCCCUGGACAUAACCUGCAGAACAGGAAGGUAUUCAGAAGGGAAGUGGUUUUUAUUGUUGACAUAAGUGAAAGCAUGCAAGGACACCCAAUAGAGAAUGUAAAGAAUGCACUAUUGGCAUCACUCUCUAAGCUCAAUCCACAAGAUUCUUUUAACAUUAUUGCUUUCAAUAAUGAGAUUCUCUUGUUCUCAUCAACAAUGGUGAUGGCUACUCAUGGAUCAAUCCUAAAUGCUACUCAGUGGCUUAGUAGUAAUUUAACUGCAGAUGGUGGUACAAAUAUCAUGUUGCCUCUUAAACAGGCAAUGAAGUUAUUGUCUGACGCAAGUGAGUCAAUUCCUCUUAUUUUCCUUAUAACUGAUGGGUCAGUUGAAGAUGAAAGAGAGAUCUUUAAUGUCAUCAAAGGUUAUUUGUCAAGCGGAGGAUCAGUAUCUCCUCGUAUAUGUACUUUUGGCAUUGGUUUGUAUUGUAAUCAUUACUUCUUGCAAAUGCUGGCUCAAAUUGGGAGAGGCCAUUACGAUUGCACUUAUAAUGCAAAUAACAUUGAACUGCAAAUGGAGAGAUUAUUUACUACAGCUUCUUCAGUUGUUCUAGCCAACAUAACCAUGGACAUUCUAGAAAAUCUUGAUUCUCUUGAGUUGUUUCCAUCUCAUAUUCCGGACCUUUCAUUUGGAAGUCCUUUGAUUGUGUCGGGCAGAUACAAAGGAGACUUUCCAGAUGUUAUUAAGGUUAAUGGAAUGUUAGCAGAUAUGAGCACUUUUGUAAUUGACUUGAAAGUGCAAAAUGCAAAGGACGUGCCAUUUGAUAGAAUACUUACAAGGAGGCAAAUUGAUAUCCUUACAUGUCAUGCGUGGUUGUCAGAGAGUCAAGAGCUUGAAGAGAAGGUUGCCAAAAUAAGUCUACAAACUAGUUUUCCAUCUGAGUAUUCCUCCUUGAUUUUCCUUCAGACUGAUAGUGGGAAGAAAGUGCCAGAAUCGAUUCUGGUACGUGAGAUAUUCAACAAAAUAAACCUGCCAACAAAGGGAGAUUUGAAUAGCCAGAAGAUAAUUUUGCUGCAGUGCCUGGGUGUCGGCUUUGGUAACUUGAAUGCGACAGCUAAGAAUAUCCCUUCAGGAACGGAGGAAUCAAAGUCACCUGAAGGUGCAGAGAUUUUGGUUAAGGCUGCUUCCAACUUCUGCAGCAUGUUGCUUGAUCGCUGCUGUUGCAUGUGCUUCAUCCAGGCUUGUUCCUAUAUGAAUAACCAAUGCUCAAUCGUUUUCUCACAACUCUGCACUGCUCUCGCUUGUUUUGAGUGUGUGGAUUGCUGCUAUGAACUCUGUGCUUGUUUCUAGACAUACUACCAAAGGUAGUUGAAGUCUUGAAGACCCAAAAACAAUAGGGUAUGAAUAUUACUAUCACAGUUAUUGUAUAUAUACAAUGUUGCAAAUCAUAGCAACAUUUUUAUUAUAAUGUUAGUUAUACGAGCAUGCCUGAACCCUAUAUCAUGCCGAUUCCAUCCUAGUCCUUUUGUGGUACUCGUUACUUUUCCUUUUACACAGCCGGCUGAUAUAUGAUUAAAAAAGGAGACAAAAUUGUUUUACUGUAAUGCACUAGAAAAUUUUCAAAGAAGUUUAAUUACAUAGAAGCCAGAUAUCUUAGGCCAAGUAAUAAACCAAACGAUUAAGUUCAGCCCAAUUCCAAGGGGGAUUAUAGUUUCCCUGUGCUUCGAGCUGGGGUGGAAGAUCCGUCAUCCGAAUGCGCUUGCUUAAACCAAAAUGUGCCAUGAGAAGGGCGACGUGAGUGAGCAGCUCUUUACCAUUCCUCAGUUGUAUUAUGUGAUCUUUCCAAUCGCAAUGAUUUGCAGCAGAGACAAGCAUCUCCAUCCACACACAACUGAUUAUUUCCCACACCUGUUCC